GGGAAACAGAUAACACAUAAUUUGAAAAGUCGAGCAUCCGAGUUUAUAUUUUAUGCUCUAGCAUUGGAUGAAAGCACAGAUAUGGCAGGUACUGCCCAACUGGCAAUUUUUAUCAAGGGUGUUGAUGUCCAUAAAAUAAAAAAAAAAACAGAAACAUUAGCGGCAUUGUAUCCACUUAAGGACACUACUAAGUUACAAGAUUUGUUAGAGGCAGUAACAUAG